CGCGCCGCCCUCUCACCGCCCUCUCGCCGCCCGCGGGCGCAGCGCUCAACCCCGCUCCGUCGCGGUCCUGCGCAUCCGCUUCCGCCGCCUCCGCACGCCCCCGCGUCCCUGGUGUCUCGCAGCCGGAGGCAGCGCGGAUUCGCCGUAUCUCACACGACAUAACAGAAAACAAAUUCAACAUGUCAUCAGUCAAGCGCUUGGUUUAUGCAGUCAUCCAUUUCUUGAGAGAACAGAGUCAAAUGGAUACUUUCACUCCAGAUGAACAAGAAAGCUUGGAAGUUGCAAUUCAGUGUCUGGAGACUGUGUUUAAGAUUACCCUGGAAGAUACUCAUCUUGCAUCCUCACAGCAUUUGAUAGAAAUGUUUGCAAAUUCUAUUCAAAAGAAUGAGAUGCUGCCUCUCUCACGUACUUUACCAGAGGGUGUUGUAAAGGCUGACCAACUGAAGGAUGAAGGUAAUAAUCAUAUGAAGGAAGAAAAUUAUGGUGCUGCAGUGGAUUGUUACACUAGGGCUAUAGAACUGGAUCCAAACAAUGCAGUCUAUUACUGUAACAGAGCUGCUGCUCAAAGUAAGCUCAACAACUUCAGGGAAGCAAUAAAGGACUGUGAGAGUGCCAUAGCAAUAGAUCCAAAGUACAGCAAAGCAUAUGGAAGAAUGGGGUUGGCUCUGACCUCAGUGAAUAAAUAUGAAGAAGCAGUUACCAGUUACCAAAAAGCACUGGAUCUUGAUCCAGAGAAUGACUCUUAUAAGUCAAAUUUGAAAAUAGCAGAACAGAAACUAAGAGAUGUGUCCAGUCCUACUGGAACUGGACUGAGUUUUGACAUGGCAAGCUUGAUAAACAAUCCUGCCUUCAUUAGUAUGGCAGCAAGCUUAAUGCAAAAUCCUCAGAUUCAACAACUGAUGUCGGGGAUGAUGUCAAAUGCCAUUGGUGGCCCUGCUGCUGGGGUUGGUGGCCUUUCGGAUUUGUCCAGCCUGAUCCAUGCGGGGCAGCAGUUUGCACAGCAGAUACAGCAGCAGAAUCCUGAGCUCAUAGAGCAACUGAGAAAUCAUAUCCGGAGCAGGUAUUUGAGUGGCAGCACUGAAGAACAUUCCUGACUUCAAGGAGUCAUGUGAAUUGGAAUGAUAUAUAACCCCAAAAUGCAUACCAUAGUUAGUAGCAAAAGCACCAUUUUAACUCUUCUGCUUGAAUAGAAGACAGAAAAUUCUUCAUGUGUGUUUGCAAACAAGAAUAAAUCUGGUAAACAGAUCUCUUGCACAUAACUUGGAACAUAGCGUUUAUGUAUAGUUACUCCUCUGAAAAUUAAUACACUGAAUAGGUGGUUUAUUAAAAUCCCCAAGUCCAAGUCAUUUCAGUAUGUGCAUCAGAUUGACCUCCAGGGCUGCUGAGUGGGGAGGAGUUUUGUAGUGUGCUGAUCCUGCCUAACAGGUACUUCUAAAAUGCUGGUGUAAAAGAGCAUUACAACGUUACUCAUACAAUGAGAAUCAUGACAGCUGUACUCCUUCAAACAGUAUUGAAAUACUAAAAUAUUGAAACAAUAGGCCCAUCUGAUGUGCCCUUUUAUAAUGAGCAUUAAGUAGUGUUGGAGUACAGAAUGUACUUAAAACUCAUGCUUGAGAAGUCUGUUUCCUUAAUCCUGUGGAGGGGCCUUCAUGAGUAACAGGAAAUACUUUUCAACUUCAUUGGGCAGAGGAGAGGGAGAUGACUGGAGAUGAAGGAGUACUACAUAUUGUAGAGAAAGAGAAGACAAUAAUUCUGUGUAGGAUAAUGCACAGAAAUCAAAAUGGAACUUGGCUUGGGAAUGGAAAGAGAAGUUGUAGGCUUUUCUACUGCCAUGUAUACCCUCACAUUAUGAUGGUAGCCCUGGAGGUCAGAAUUAUGGCACUAUGUUCCUAGGGAUGGCAAGCUGUAUUACAUUCCGUAUGUAUGCAGUAUUUAAUAGAAACUUAAAUUCUUAACUGUAAUAAGCUAAAACUGAGCCUGUGACUGUACAAAUAACUAGUACUGAAAACUUUAAAAAAGAACUGCCUUAGAAGGAUUCUUUUUCUAUUCUUGUGUGAUAAAUCACUGGCUUAAACAAGUGGGGAUUUUUUUUUAAUUACACAUAUCUAUCUAAAAUGAUGGUUAUAUAGUCAAGUUAAAGAUUUUUCGACGCUAUAGUAUUUGUUUCUUGCUCAGUUAAUAUUACUCUUGCAAGACUGCUGCUCUUCUAUGUAUGUCUAGUGUGUUAACUUUUUUUACUGUGCUUACUGUUCACACUGCUUUCUGAUACAAAAUACACUUGUUCUUAGCCCAGGGAGGUUCUCAACACACUUUGCUUUUUGUAUAUCUUAACUAAUUUGAGGAGCCUGCUUUGCAUUCUUAGACAAAGUGAUUUCUCAUGGCCAGUUAGUCUGGAGGAGAGAUAUGGAGGAGUAACAACAGACUCCUAAAUGGAAAAAUACACAGGCACUCCUGAACCUCAGACUUUAUGUCCAAUUGAUACUAAACCAGACAGAUACUAAUUAUAUUGGAUUAUAUACAAUUGAUACUAAACCGAAACUUUAUAUCCAACUGAAAUCCUACUAAACCAGACAGAAAAAUGCAGCUGGAUCCAAUGAGAAAUGAAAGGAAUUGGAGAAAACAAAUCUAGGAAAUCCAUAUUACCAUCUGUUGAAUAAAGAAGUGAAGCUUAAUAGAUAAGCAAUUUUAAGACAUUUCAUACUUUAUUGAAUAGCUUGCCUAUGUACAACAUUAAAAUGCUUUUAAAAAUUCUCUCUAAGUUGGUGUAGCUGCUGGCUGUAGAGAUACUUAAGCUUUACAUUAAAUACAUUUUCAUGUAACAGCUUCUGACUCAACAUCUAUUGCCAAGAGAAUUCCUAAAGAGAUCUUUUUCAGAGGUGGCUCAGAUCCUGAAUCUAAUCCAUUUAAGGAAAUUACUUAAGUUCAAUUACACUGAGUAGGGCAGGAAUACCCUUUAGAAGGAAGACUUAUGGAGGCUCUGGGUGGGUUACAAAAAGUGUAUAGGUAUUCCUUGGAAUAGUGGGUUGUGUCAGGAGAGAAGCGUUGUACCUAGUAUGUACCCUGUUAAACUUCUCAGUUCCUUUUAAUUCUUUGUCAUAUCUUCAACUGCUCAAAGUAUGUUUCACUAGAUUUGAUAGGGAGAACCAAAAAAAAAAUCCAUGGUGGACUGGACAGCUCUGCCAGUAUCUCUACAAACUCAAAUUAUUCUCGCUUUGAAACAGCAAUCCUCAUGCAGUCAGUUACUUUUCUGCUGUAAGACAGUGUUAAGAAUUUAAUGAGAGAUCCUUGAGAACUACAAAAUAUGUUAAUAGCCAAAGAGGGCAGAAUAAAUUGUGUAUUUGUACUGUCAAGUACAAGCUCCAUAGCUUACUGGCUUCAUGGGAGAACAAUCCCCAAGGUUAAAUGGAAUGAAGCAUUAGUUAGUUAUGUGAAAACUUCUCUUGCAGUCAUCUUCAUGGAGUUGUAACUUUCAUUUCACAUGCUACUGUAUUGUUGUGUUUAUGUUUUACUUCAGCUAAUACAGAAUAUAUAUUAAAAUGUUAACAGCAUUAGCUAAGCCUUCAGGAAUGUACUACAAUUGACUGGCACAAUACCUUACUAGUAAACAUUCUCUGUUUCUUGUGUAUUAACAGAAAGGGCUUUAUAGCCUAAACAAAAAACAGUGAAACCAGUAACAGGAGCUGUCAUUACAUGCUUUUCCACUGAAACCAUGAACAAAGAGAUCAUUUAUGCUAAAGUCUGCUUUUCUUUGAAUUGCCUAGAUUGUUUCAAUCAUGCAACAUGUCUUAAUCACAGGGUGUGGAAGGAAUCUUUUCCUGUGUAGUAACUGCUCUGUAUCUUGUGCUAAAAUUUUUCAUCCUGCUAGAUAAGGUGGUAAAACCACAGUCCCUGUAAAUACUGCUUUAAUCUAAGGUCAAUUGCAGUUUAUCAUUCAACUGAGCAAAUCCACGUUUACACCUAAUUGGUUUUGUAUCAUUACUGUUCCAUCACUGUAUAAGUAUGAUAAUUUGUUAGAGAAGAAAAUAUUUUGCAAUCAGUUGUAAACUCCUAUAACCUGCUUGCAUGGGAGUAUAUUCUUCUAAUUAUGAUCAUAAAGACACCAAAUGAAAAAUUCAGCUUAGAAAUUGUUUCAGUUGCACUCUUGGUUUUGUAACAAGUGCAAAGUUAAAAUCACUCAUGCAUACUGAGAACUAGCUUUGUAACUUUGAGUAGAUUGUUUCACAGCAACAGAAAAUCAUACUGGCAUAAGGCAACUUGUCUACUAUUUCUGUAUCUCUCCUACCUCUUACUGCCAUGUGGUUACAUCUCCUUCAAUUUGUGUAGUUGAACUUGCAGAUAUAUUAAAAAUAAAGUUAUAUACUUUUUUGUCUGUA